AUGGCGUCGUCCCGUCCGUACCGGUUCCCCGCUCUAUGCGAAGACGAGCCCGCGCGACGAACCAGCGCCAGGCAGUCGUGCGGGACGUGCGGCGCCGCGGCGGUGGCGAACUGCGUGGCGCUGUGCUGCUGCCCGUGCGCCGUGGUGAGCUGCUUCACGCUGGCACUCGUCAAGGCCCCUUACGUGGCCGGCCGACGGUGGGUCAGGGUGGCCAAGACGCGGCGGCGGAAGACGAAGCGCGUCCGGAACCUGGAUGACCAGCUAGACCACGUGGAGGGGCUCGGCGGCGGCGGCCAGUGCAAUGGCACCGAGCGGGCGAGCAAGGAGAGCUGGGGCGAGCCGGGCGGGGCCGCCGUCCCGCGGUGGUGGAGCAGCACGAUCGAUGAGAGUGUGGCCAGAGAGGGCAGGAUGAGGGUGAGCGUGACGGAGAAGGCAUGGAUCGAGAUGUACGAGGUCGGGCAUUGGGGGUUCGGCCGGCUCUCCUUCUCGGUGGCCGGAGACGCCGCGGCAGCGCAGGUCGUCAGAAGUGAUCCCGAGGAGGAUGGCAGUUCACGUGCUGGUGCUGGUCGGUGA